AUGGCUAUGAAGUUGGCUAAUGAAGCAUCUUUUAAUCAUCGAGAAAUUGAACUUCUGGGUUCUUUGAAUCAUAUCAAUGUCCUGAGACUCUGUGGAUCUUGUUUGAUCGGUGCCCGGUUUGUUUGUUUAACAGAAUACGCUAAUGGAGGUAGUCUAGCAGGUCUUUUGGCCGCUAAAGCGUUAAGCUUGUCUUGGUCUGUUCGGAUCAAUUUAGCUUUGGAUAUUGCCUGUGGCCUCCACCAUCUACACAGUCACAGUCUAAUUCAUCGAGAUUUAACUUCUCAGAAUAUCCUUAUCCGAGUUCGCACUCGGUCACACUCAGAUACAACAGAUAAUUAUUCUGAUUCAACCUUUAACUUUGACUACCAGACAGAUUGUAAUGGCACUCUCCAAGAUCGAAUUACUCAAUCCAAAUUAUCUGAAUCCGAAAUUGAUGCAUUUGUUCAGGGAAGCAAGCAUACCAAUGGCUUAUCACAUCAAUCUUGUCAUUCCCAUAUUCUUUGUAGACCUCACAGCAGUCGUGUCAACCGACAGCAAUUUCACCAGUUUAGCAGAAUACCCCCAAAUGAUGAAACCAAUGAGCUUUUACCAGUCAGCUCUUAUUCAAACGAAGAAUAUCCCACAGAUAUAGAUAAAUCUGAUUUGGAUUUAGCACAUCUACUUUCAUUUGCAAAUCAACGUACUGACGAACUGUCGUGUUCAAGUAAAUCAAUUAUCCCCUUCAGCUAUCUGCAAUCUAUUCCACUUAUUGAACCACAGUGGAUGCAAUUAAAUACUAAUGAUCUACUUGUACUAAAUAGUUUAACUCGAUCAGAAAUUUCAAUAUCAUCAAUCAAUUCACUGGAAUUUACUGCACUUGUGGCCGAUUUGGGUUUAUGCUUGGAUUUGAGACAGGAUCAUGCAGAUACAGUUUCAGUCGUUGGAAACCCAUUUUAUGCUGCUCCUGAAUGUCUAAACCGAGUAGCACCCUAUACAUUUGCUGCAGAUAUAUUCUCCUACGGUCUUUUGUUAUGUGAAUUAAUAACGCGUUUCCACAACGACUGCUCACUCAUACCCCGCACACCGUCUUUUGGUUUAGAUCACGAAAAUCUCCCGGUGCCUCCUGAUUGUCCUACUUGGUUUUUCAAGUUAGCUGUCGACUGUUGCACUCUUGACCACUUGUUGCGUCCACAUAUCUUGGGCAUCAUUGACUCAUUUGAGAAAAGUAAAUACGAUUUGUCUUGUCAUGAAGCAGUCCAUUCCCAGUCUCCUGUACCUGUACAAAGCUCCACUACAAAUGGUUCACGUGAUAUUAAAUCCCAAGAAACUGUUUUUGAAUCUCCCUUAUAA